GGGGGAGGCAGUGAGAGAGAAACCGACAGCAACUUUAAUCUGACGCCGUUACAAACGGAGAGAAGAGCUCAGACAUCAGCGCUUUGGAUUCACUCGGGGCGAUGCUUUUUUGUGUGAUGAUACUGACUUUCUCUGGCUUUAUGGAGACCAUGUCAGAGAACUUUAAAGUAGUUGGUCCAGGCGCUCCUCUUGUUGUUGAAGCUGGUGAAGAUCUGGUUCUGCCCUGUUCCCUCCAACCCAACAUCAGUGCUGUGGAGAUGAUGGUGGAGUGGAUCAGACAAGAUACCAACAAUCUGGUGCAUCUCUAUAAAGAUCAUAAUGACAUAAAUUAUGAUCAAAUUGAUUCCUAUCAAGGACGAACAGCUCUGUUUAAAGAAGAACUACAGAAAGGAAACACCUCACUGAAACUCUCAGCAGUCCAACCUUCUGAUCAAGGAGCUUACAAAUGUUUAAUUCAGGACAAAUCCUACAGCAAUGCCAUUACUGUUUAUGUUGAAGUCAAUGUACACUUAAAAGUGGUUGGUCCAGCUGAGCCUCUUGUUGUUGAAGCUGGUGAAGAUCUGGUUCUGCCCUGUUCUCUCCAACCCAGCGUCAGUGCUGUGGACAUGACAGUGGAGUGGUCCAGACUGCAUCUGGGUGACAGAAUAGUGCAUCUGUAUGAAUAUCAUAAAGAUAAAAGUUUAGAUCAGAUGGAGUCUUAUAGAGGAAGAACAACUCUAUUCAAAGAAGAACUGAAGAAAGGAAACACUUCACUGAAACUCUCAGUAUUGCAGCUUUCUGAUGAAGGAGCUUAUAAAUGUCUCAUCGAAUUCAUGUCCUGGAAUAAUCAUGUAAUUGUUUAUGUUGAAGUUAAAGGAAAACAUUUUCAUGGUUGGAAGAUUGCCAUCAUCUGCAUUGCAGUGUUUGCUGUUAUAUUAACUGCAUUCACAGCGUACAUUUUAAAAGAUAAAUUCUCAAAAAAGGAGCUUUCUCCUGCACAGUGCUCAGUCAUAACCUGCAUGCAUCUCCAGUCAGAGAGUGUGCGGAAAGAGUUUGACCUGAAUAAAUACAACACGUCAGAGGAGGGAUAUGUAAGACUCAUCCCAGCUAUCACAAACUGCAGAAAGGCCCGAUUUGUUGGCUGUAAUCUCACUUCACAGUCCCUUGAAACUUUGAGUGCAGCUCUACAAACAGAAAACUCCUUCCUGAGAGAACUAGAUCUCAGUAACAGUGACCUGCAGGAUGCAGGAGUAGAGAAGCUAUGUGCUGGACUGAAGAGUUCACACUGUAAGCUGGAGAUACUCAAAUUAGCUUUGUGUAGUCUUGGAAAGAAUACGUGUGAAAAUCUGGGAUCAGCUUUACAAUCAGAAACCUGGCCCCUGAAAGAACUAGACCUCAGUAAAAAUAACCUGCAGGAUUCAGGAAUGGAGACGCUUUCUGCUGGACUGAAGAGUUCACAUUGUAAACUGGAGAUACUCAGAUUAGCCAUCUGUAAUUUCAGUGUGGAGUCUUGCAAAUUGCUCAUAUCAGCCCUGCAAGCAAAAAUUUCCUCCCUGAAAGAGCUGGACCUGUGUAGCAAUGAGCUACAGGAUUCAGUGGUGGAGUUGCUGUCUGCUGGACUUAAGACUGGAGACUGUAAACUGGAGAUACUGAGACUAGCUUUGUGUAACCUUGCAGUAGAGACCUGUGAAAAUCUUGGAUCACUUUUACAACUGGAAAACAGCUCCCUGAAAGAGCUGGACCUCAGCAACAAUGACCUACAUGAUUCAGGAAUGGAGCUGCUCUCUGCUGGACUGAAGAGUACACACUGUAAACUGGAAACACUCAGAUUAUCUGGUUGUAUGGUCACAGAGAAAGGCUGUUCUUUUCUAGCUUCAGCUCUGAGUUCAAACCCCUCACAUCUGAAAGAACUGGAUCUCACCUACAAUCACCCAGGAGAGUCAGGAGAUAAGGUGCUCUCUGCCAAACUGGAGGGUACACACUGCUCACUGAGCACUCUCAGAGUGGAACAUGGAGGUGAGAUCAGAAUGAAACCAGGACGGAAGAAAUAUUCCUGUGAGUUCACUCUGGAUCCAAACACAGCGAACAGUUCUCUCUUUCUGUCUGAUGGGAACAGAAAGGUGGUGAAUCUGAUAUUUUCACAGUCGUAUCCUGGUCAUCCAGAGAGAUUUGAUUGGUAUGAUCAGGUUCUGUGUAGAGAGAGUCUGACUGGACGCUGUUACUGGGAGGCUGAGUGGAGCGGAGAUGUUAAUAUAGCAGUAACAUAUAAAUCAAUCAGAAGGAAAGGAGACAGUGAUGACUGUGUGUUUGGACGGAAUGUAAAGUCCUGGAUUCUGAGCUGCUCUAAUAAGAGAUACUCUGUCCAGCACAAUAAUAACAGAACUGAUCUCUCUGCUCGUCCCUCCAGCUCUGAGACAGUAGGAGUGUAUCUGGACUGUCCGGCCGGCUCUCUGUCCUUCUACAGAGUCUCUGCUGAUAAACUGACCCAUCUACACACUUUCAACACCACAUUCACUGAACCACUCUAUGCUGGGUUUUGGGUUCAUUAUUAUGGCUCCUCAGUGUGUUUAAAAUAAAAUAACCUCCUGAGUGAAAAUCACAAAGCACACACACAGACACACAAAGUAAACACACACACACACAGAACACACACACAGAAC